GGACGCGCCCUCACUUCCGAGUCUCUUGUGGGUUAAUGUAAAUAAUAAUACCAUUAGGGGUCUUGUGUCUGUGUUGCCAAUAGAGAUACGUGCAAGGAGCUCAGAUGGCGCAUAUCUCGCAUGUUUUAAAGCUGUCAGAUUGAGCUGUAAAUGUGACAAGGAAUGAAUAAACCCAAAAUGGCAAUGGAAAAAUGUGCUUCCCGGGUGCUGAUGUUGCUGAGUCAGCUGGACAGACUGAACGAAGAGCCCAAAGUGUCUGAUACGGAUGCCAUCCGUCAGAUCACAGGCAAAAUCCUUCACAUCCUCCAGACUCAAGAAAAGACCCGUAAGGAGAUGGUCUCUAAAGGCUCAAGUGGGAUGGAAGUUAUUCUCUCAUCUCUAGAGAACACACGGGACUUGCAGACCACCCUAAACAUUCUCAAUAUUUUGAAUGAACUGCUGACUGUGGUAGGUGGAGGCCGCAGGAUUGGGGCAUUUGUGUCUAAGGGAGGAACAGCUAUUCUGUUACAGUUGUUGGUAAGCUCCAGCAAAGACCUUCCUAUGAAUGAAGAACUAAUGCUGCACAUUCACUCUCUGCUGGUUAAGGUCGGACCUAAAGACAGGAAGUUUGGUGUUAAAGCUCGUCUGAACGGGGCUCUGAAUGUGACUGUUAAUUUAGUGAAACGCAAUCUGCAGAACUGCAAAAUGUUGUUGCCCUGCCUACAAGUGCUGCGGGUCUAUGCAGGCAACAUGGUAAAUGCUGUGUCGCUGGGUAAAAGUGGCGCUUUGGAUCUCCUGUUCGAAAUUAUUGGACCUUACAGCAAGAAGAGCACCACUCUGCUCAAGGUGGCCUUGGAUACGCUGGCGGCGUUACUGAAGUCCAAAAUGAAUGCCCGGCGGACAGUGGACAGAGGUUAUCUGCCCACUCUACUCGCCAUCUACCAAGACUGGCAUCGCAACGACAUUCGUCACUGCCACUUGAUCAUUCGCAAAAGCAUUUUAGGGUGCAUCAAAAACCUCACAGCCAUUAAGCUUGGGAGAAAGGCCUUCGUAGAUGCAAACGGGAUGAGGAUCCUUUAUAACACAUCCACUGAAUGCCUGCCUGUCCGGACACUGGAUCCAUUGGUCAAUGCAUCCAGUGUAAUUAUGAGGAAAUGCUUUCCAAAGAAUCGCCUACCACUGCCAACAAUUAAGAGUGUAUAUCAACACCCGCUACCACACAUACCAGCUGGAGGACCAGUGGCACAGCUGUACAGCCAACCUCCAGAAGUGGAUGAUGUCGUUGAUGAGAGCGAUGAGAAUGAAACCACUGAGAUUGACACAGAAAAUGAGGAGGAUGAAACCGGGCACAAAAGCCAGAAUGAUGAUAUUGAGACGGAUAUCAACAAGUUGCGACCCAAACAAAUGCAGACACGCCCAUUUGAUGAGUUGAGAGUCUACGAGCAUUUCUGUGUGGAAUUCACAGAGGAUUUUAAGGAUAAUGACUUCAAAAGCUGCAAAGCUGUCAUUUUUCCAUCGAGUGUUGACUCAGACUCACAUCGCCCUAUCGUCAUUCCCACCACACUCACCCCUGUUGGGUCUCCAAAAAGACGGCAGCGACUGGAAAACAUUCAGCCACACAAAUCGACAGAAUCACCACUGGAGCUAGACAGCAUCUCUAUAUCAAAAACCCCAGAGGGCAAAUUGGCCCCUGAUUUGGCCUGUAGUUUGAGCCGGCUGGUGCUGGAUGGAGGUUCUGACGAUGGGCAACACGAGGAAAGCGGGGAGCAGGCAGUACUUGAGGUUCCAGAUACCGCCGCAGUUCUGCCACUGCAUGACCCUGACCUAUACUUAGAGAUGAUGACGUAUACCCGCUCAGUGCCCGCCUACACAGAGGUGGCAUACCCAGAUUACUUUGGCCAUGUGGCACUUCAUCUCCGCGAGCCCAUCCUAGAGAGAGUUUAUGGUGUGCAAAGUUUGGAACGUCACAGCCAACUUCAUAACACUAGGAAUAUGCAUUGCAAAACGAAGAUCUUCCAGGACAUUGAGAGACUCAUUCAUCCCAUUGACAUUCUUGAUAAAGUCGUAUAUGACUUAGACAAUCAGAGUUCUCCAGUUGUUGAAAACGGGGAAUCUCUCAAAUUUAACUCUAAAUUUGAGUCCGGAAACCUACGGAAAGCAAUACAAGUCAGAAAGUUUGAGUAUGACUUGAUCCUGAACUCAGAUAUCAAUAGUAAUCACUAUCACCAGUGGUUCUAUUUUGAAGUGGGCAAUAUGCGUCCAGGUGUUCGCUAUCGAUUCAACAUAAUCAACUGUGAGAAGUCCAACAGCCAGUUCAAUUAUGGUAUGCAGGUGCUCAUGUACUCUGUGCAGGAAGCCAUCCAUGGAAGCCCCCAUUGGGUCAGAACAGGAUCGGACAUCUGCUACUACAAGAACCAUUUCUCACGAAGCUCCAUUGCGGCUGGAGGUCAAAAGGGAAAAUCUUACUUCACCAUGACCUUUACUGUGACCUUUCAGCAUAAAGAUGAUGUCUGCUACUUCGCUUACCAUUACCCGUAUACCUUUUCUACACUAAAGAUGCACCUGCGAAAGUUGAGCGCUCUACGUACAGCUCAGAUCUACUACAGAGAGGAUGAGCUGUGUCAAACACUGGGAGGAAACGGCUGUCCCCUGCUCACCAUUACUGCCAUGCCAGAGUCGUCCAGCAAUGACCACAUCAGCCAGUUCAGGAGUCGUCCAGUGGUGUUUUUGUCUGCCCGGGUACAUCCCGGUGAGACUAAUGCCAGCUGGGUGAUGAAGGGCACUCUGGAAUUCCUUAUGAGCUGCAGUUCUGAAGCACAGAGUCUGAGAGAGAGCUACAUUUUUAAAAUCAUCCCCAUGCUCAACCCUGAUGGAGUCAUCAAUGGCAACCACCGUUGCUCUCUGAGUGGAGAAGAUCUGAACAGGCAGUGGCAGAACCCCAAUGCAGAGCUGCACCCCACCAUCUACCAUGCCAAGAGUCUACUGCAGUACCUCAGAGCAACAAGAAGAACUCCACUGGUGUUUUGCGAUUAUCACGGCCAUUCACGGAAGAAGAACGUGUUCAUGUAUGGCUGCAGUAUUAAGGAGACAGUGUGGCAGACCAAUGUCAACACCAGCUCCUGUGAUCUACAGGAGGACCUCGGAUACAGGACUCUGCCCAAGUUGCUGUCUCAGAUAGCUCCAGUGUUCAGCCUGUCUAGCUGCAGUUUUGUAGUGGAGCGCUCUAAAGAGGCCACGGCACGAGUGGUGGUCUGGAGAGAGAUCGGAGUUCAGCGCAGUUACACUAUGGAGAGCACCCUGUGUGGUUGUGACCAGGGAAAAUACAAGGGUCUUCAGAUUGGGACACGAGAACUGGAGGAGAUGGGUGCUCAGUUUUGUUUGGGUCUGCUCAGACUGAGACACUUCACAUCGCCUAUAGAGCAUCACAAACACAACUCCCAUCUGCUGGACGUGGAGAAUGACCUGAUUGAAACACGCAACAUUCCAAACAUCACCAGUCCCACCACAUAUGUGUUGGAAGAGGAUGAGCCAGCAUUCCUUGAAGAAGUUGACUACAGUGCGGAAAGCAAUGAUGAAAACGACCCAGAUCUUGAACCCGAUCUCCAGGACAACCGUGCCCUCCCGGACCCCAAUUCUGACUCUGAGUUUAGCCACUAAGACUGUCUUACCUGAAAUCAUACCAGGCUUACUUUAGCCUAAUGCUCUGGCUGAACUUAAAUAAACCAAACCUCACCGUUUGUUGGCCUAUAUUAUACAUCACUCGUGUUUGCCUACUCGCCUACACUAUAGACUUCUGUUUGAUCUGAUUUGUUCACAAAAUGUACCUUAAUUAUAAUUACCAAGCCCCAAAAUCAGCUUUAUGCCCCUAGAAACAUCAUUUAGAAGGUCCUUUUUUAGAACUAGUCACAUAUAGAUGCUCUACAGGUUGUAGCAUGGUAACAUUAAAUAAAGAUAUCAAUCUGGAACACAUAAUUAUAGUCAAAUGAAAAUUUCUUUGUUCAUGUCGUUCCAAACUUCUGCAGAACACAAAGAAGAUAUUUUAAAGAAUGUUGGUAACCAAACAACAUUGAACUCCAUUGACUUUCACUGAGACAUUUCUUAAAAUAUCUUUUGUGUUCCACUGAAGAAAGCCACAUACAGUCUUAUACAGGUUUUAAACGACAUACUGUAAGGGUGAAUAAGCCAUGAAAUUUUUUUAAAAACUGUAAACAUAAAACAGGCAUAUUUUGAUGGUCCUUAUAAUCUGGAUUAAAAUAAUAAUCAUUAACUUUUACAUUUUAUUGUUAUGAGCUAAAUGGUCUCACAUUUAAAACUCACAGUAUGGUGCUACAGUAGGAAAGUUUCUAAACCAUUCAUAAAUAUCAAUGGUUGCUCAGUACAGGAUUCACAUAUUAUUACCGACAGAAGCAAAUGAGUAUAAAAUCAACGCUGCAAACCCAUAGAAACACCUCACCAUACAACAAUGCAAUCUAAUGAAUGUAACGUUACUCUUAUUCUCACAGGAAAGCUCACCUGCGUGCUUCAUGCCGUGUCCUGACAGGGUCACAGUGAGGUUGCAGUCUUACAUUACUAUUGUGUGUAUUUAUUCACAGCACUUUUUGUGGCUGUAUGUGCUUUUGUUAUUGGACAGCUCCUAUCAUUUUUAAUUUCUUUGUUGGAUUUCUAUAAUUAGUGCAUGAUCUUUAAAAGUUUUAAAUUGAUUUUAUUUGCAUAUUGGGAGAAAAGGAAAGUAAAACUUGACUGUUCAAUGUGUGAAUAUGUUUGUAUUUGUGUGUGUAUGAUGACAGCAGUUGCCCGAUGUACUAAAUAUGUGAAAAAGUAAAUUUGGUUGUAAUUAUUUGUCAAACUUUAAUUGGACAUAUGGUUAAUAAAGAGAAGUUGAGCCAAUUUGUCUCUUGCUUAAAGCUGCUUGGAC